GCGGGGGUUCGGAUUGACGCCAUUAUCCGCGGUCAAUAUCAUUCAUCUUUCUUAUACCGGUAAACCAUAUAUAUAUAUAUAUAUAUCUGGUUAUAAAUAUAAAUAUAUAUAUCCGAUAGCUACAUCUAAUUACACCUGACUCAGCCAUUGGUAUCGAAAGAAUGGUUGAUUCCAAGGCUGCCUCGGAGCUCGAAUCCUCAGUCCGGCAACUCGCCAUUGCAGAAAAGGCACCCGUGCCGGACAUCCCACGCCUGACAGCUACAACUACGACAUCGUCGGCGAAAUCAAAGAAGAAAGCGGCCCCCGUGGCGGACUCGUGGGAGGACGAGGUCGACGACGAAGAAGAUGACUUGUCGCCGGACCCGGACGCCAUCGCUGAGCUGCAGUCCGUUGUGACGGACAGUAGCCGGGGGGUGGAUGUGUCCACGAAGAGUAAAACUAAGCCUGCCUCCCUGGUCGCAGAGGGACCGCUGGAUCCCCCGCCAACACCGGUUUCACUACAAACAUCACAGCCAUGGGUCGGCAGUGCAUACGAGGGGAGGCCGCAGUCGCCCCAGGCAGGAGCUGGGGAGGGCACAGCCGCCGGACGCAGACCGGAGAAGCAGACCGCCGUCGCCAGCAGGCUGAUUGCGGGGGCGCUGGGGAUCCGGGCGCCGAAGCGGACGGAGGAGCAGCGGGCGUACGACCGUGCUGUCAAGGAGCAGGAAAUUAGACGGCGGAAUAGAGAGCGAGAGGAGCAGGCCAAGGCCAAGGAAGCAGAUGAGCGAGCCAAGGCAGCCGUUUGGGAGGAUUAAAAAGAAAACAACAAUACGGAGUAACUAAAUGAAGCUAGCUCCCUUGGUAUAGUUCUAUGUGUAUACUACCUGUAUGAGCGAAACUACUAAUCAAGUAUCAAAAGAAUGAUACGAAGCUAGAUUAACAUCUAGACUGUACGGGAAAGGCGAAGGCUGAGCUGAUACCCAGUCCUACUCACACCAUGCGCCUGUGACUGAUAUCAAGACCUGUAAAAUUGUACAGAGAAAUCGAGGAAUGAGUUUCUUUAGAAUUCGUAGAGUCGUUAUUCUCGUGCUCAGAAUUUAUAAAAAAAAGUGUCUAGCCACCAAUCUGUUCUUGGUGCACUUCCAGGGUAUCUCCGUCGGCCAUUUCCAGAGUGUCAGGAGUGUCCUCCGGCCGCACACGGGUACCGUCAAAGAGGAAGCGCACAGUCGACGG